UCAGUAGCGCUUGCGCUGUAACAUUGAUUUCUCUUGACAUGUUUGGCAAGCGUUGUAGUGAACUGAAGAUGUUUUUAUAUUUAAUUCAAUAAACAAAAACAAAAGGUGUUCUGUGAUAGUGUAUCAAGACAUGAAAGUUGUUUUAACCCUCAUCUUGUUACUGAACGCGUUGGUGUCAGGCAUGCGUCGUGGACCGCACCAUCCACACGGACAGUCCUCUAAACACAACCAUCACCGGCCUAGAGGCGGACAGUCGCUGACCGGCGAGAGUCAAGUGUUACAUGAUAUAAAACACAUAGAAGAGGACUCAAAAGUGCUUACAUCUGACGCCAUAUCAAGAAUGACGCCGGAAGAGUUGGAGUUUCAUUACUUCUCUGCGCACGAUUUUGACAGAAAUUCAAAAUUAGACGGAUUAGAAUUAUUAAAGGCCGUGUAUCAUACAGUAGAUUACGAGGACCACGACGCUGAGUCAGCUUCAAUAGAACCAGAGACAAACGAUUUAGAAGCUUAUAUAGAACUAGUGGACCGAACUCUGGAGGUGGAUGACAUGGACGGCGACGGCUACGUGUCGUAUGCGGAGUACCGCGCGGCACGUGCCCGCAGCACAGACCAACGAACGAACAGAGUGCUCGCUGACAAUUAAUUACACUUGUGUACCUCGAAACUAUUGUUAAACAUGUAUAAAACCUUAUUGGUGUCUUUGUUUAUUUCAAAGGAAAUGAG